GAUGCGGAAAGGUUCCAGCGUUUUUCCAUCUCGCGGCAAGGGAUUUAUUUACUUCCCGCAGGUAAAAUUGUCUCUUGGCUCGUCUGGGUUCGUCGUGCGCGCCCAAUGUGAAAUCGGAUAUCUGGUUAAUGUUAUUAAUCUCGAUAACCACCGCUCCAGCUCCUCAUGAUCCCCAAACGCUCUCUGAGUAAUUAAUUAUUGUUGCAGCCACGGCAGACAGCCGUCUCACUCCAACGCCCCUUUACCACGCACACACACUCGCACACACACUCACACACACACACCCUUACAAUACUCAGCCUACUCUUACUCUUACUCUUAUUAUUACUUUAAGCUUUCUUCUCUCUCUAGCGCCAGAAGACAAAUAGAAGGAAAGCCGGUUCCUGGUUCUUCCUUCACUCGAUACUUAUACCCCAAUACAUUCCUUUCAACAAUGAUAUUCUCUUGAGACUUUGCGACCACCAACAAAAUAAUACAAUGGCCAAACCUCUCCCAAUCCAUGCCGACUUGAUCGACUGCAACUACGCCGUCGCAGGGCAUGACGGCACGCUUUCCGACAUUGAUGGCGAAUUGUUUAUCAAGCCCUGCACCGAUACUGAGAUCGCAUUUUACAACGACACGAUAGCAGGGCACCAAGAUUUUUACGAUUUUAUGCCCGAAUUUCUUGGAACUUUGCAGCUAGAUCAGAACCAGAAUAAAUCUUUUGACGAAAAGGCGACCGAGUUGAUUGCGCAGCAUGCCAAACCUGAAGUCUCAUACCCUGGCAGGACUAAUGGCAAGAGAAUCACCACCAAUCAAGCCGUGGUUCUUAUGAAUGCAUCGCACGGUUUCGUGAAGCCCAAUAUCCUCGACGUCAAGCUAGGUGUACGCUUAUGGGCAGAUGACGCGCAUCAAGAGAAGAAAAAAAGGUUUGACAAAGUCACGCAACAAACUACACACAAAGACCUUGGCUUUCGCAUCGCAGGUAUGAGAGUAUGGCAGGGUCCCGAUGCAAAGGGCGAUGAUAUAGACGAGGAUGGCUAUAGAAUAUAUAAUAAAGAUUACGGCAGGUACGAAUUAAAUAAUAGCAAUGUUCACGAAGCAUUCGAGAAUUUUAUCUUCACACAAUCAGCUGGUAUCGACACUGAGUUGGGAAGAUUAAUAUCCCAGGCGUUUCUCACGGAUUUGAGAAGAAUACAGGAUGCCUUGGAAAGUCAAGAGAGCAGAAUGUACUCUGCUAGUCUUCUCUUCGUUUUCGAGGGCGAUGGAAAAGCGUUACGCGCUGCAAUGGAAGAAGCUAGCAGGACCCCACCUCCAACCACUAUGGAACAUGGAUCAUCAUCAUCCGGAGAAACUUACUCAUCCUUUGAAGACGACGACGAAGACGAAGAUUUGGAAGAAGAAUCUUUUCCAAAAAUAUAUUCUCUAAAGGUCAUAGACUUUGCUCAUGCUACAUGGACUCCUGGCUUAGGGCCGGAUGAAAACUCUCUUGUGGGAGUCCGUAGCGUGGGCGAAAUUCUGGAGAAACUGGCGGAGUCAUAAUGGACAGAGUUAUAAUAAUGCCCAACGGCAUAUUGAGUAUACUAUGCUCUAGGAGAGCUGCUGGUGUGCGGGAGUUGUAGGAGUCAUGGGCUUGUCAAAUGCAAGGUAUCUUCACGGAGUUGCUUGGACAGGGCACACACCUCCCUACACAUGAGCAUGGCUGUUUAUUAAAAUCUUAAGAUACCCCACUGCGAUUGGACAUCUAGAAGUCUGCAUAUGCAAGCAUAUGCGUUCAUUUUGCUUUUACUUCUCAUCUAUCCGGUUUAGACACGGUUAAUAACACAUACUCAAUUUCAUGCUCCUUGCUCUUCUCGUGUCUAUAUUUGGAUGUAGAUGCUAUAGCAUGAUUAAUGGCGAAGAACGCGGAUCUCGGCUUCAUGACGUGAGGUGUCUGUGGCUUUGAGAGUGUGCUGUCCCUAUCGGCCAAGCCCGAUCUCUGACAUGCUGUCGUAAAGUACUCAUGAGCUGCGGUAUGCUUAUUUUAUCGACUAAUCAAGCACGGGGCUAGAUUGGGAGUUGUUGGGCUGUAGGCUUAGAAAGUAUUACAUAGCAAAGCUGUGAUUGUAUGUCAAAUUUGUAGAUGUUUAAAGAUCGCUGACGACAUUUCUUUGACAGUGAUAGGCGCCCGUCUAAUCGUUUUUAUUUUAUCGAGUGCCUACCAAGGUACUUGUGUAUUCAGAAUCCACUAAAAAUAUACAUCUACCUAUCCACAGCUGAUUUUUACAUUCCUGUGCUUCAAAAAUAUAACAUCAAUAAAGUAACUCUAACUAGCUAACGGGUUUCACA